AUGAACUUCGAACUUCCAGAGGAGGUACAAGAUUACCUUAAACAAAUCGACUCUUUUAUCAAAGACGCUAUUCUUCCGUUGCAACACGAAAAUGACAACGAUCGCUUCUUCGAUCACCGUCGUGAGGCCUCACGAACCCAAUGGGACAACCAAGGCCUGCCGACUGAAGACUGGGAGGCGUUGCUUGACAAGACCAAGAAGAUUGCCGACAAAGCAGGAUUCUAUUGCUUUGCAUGUCCGAAGGAGUAUGGCGGCUCAGGUGUCAAAACGCUGAAUUUGUACAUGUGCGCCGUGCGAUAUCAUCUCGCAUCUCACCCUGUAUAUGGAGGAGGUGUGAGCCUGGCGAAUGAUCUUCAGAGCGAGCAUAGCAUUGUCGGCAACAUGCCAUUUAUUCUUAUGUUACAUCAUUACGGCACUGCGGAACAGAAGAGGGAACUGAUUCCCGCCAGCAUCCGAGGCGAGUUGAGGGCGACAUUCGGACUCACCGAAAUCCAUCACGGCUCGGAUGCUACGCAUAUGGACACAACAGCCCAUGCAACCAAACUCCCGAGCGGCGAACACGGCUUCGUGAUAAACGGAAACAAGAAGUGGCAAACAGGCAUGCACACCGCCAACCACUGUCUGGUCUUCGCUCGAACCUCCGGCAAGGCCGGGGAUGCGCGGGGGAUCACAGCUUUUCUGGUUCCUCGGAAAACACCCGGAGUUACCGUCGCUUCAUUCGAGUGGACACUAAACAUGCCGACCGACCACGCCACGGUUGUGUUUGAUAACGUCCAAGUACCCGCGUCAUGCAUUCUCGGACCUCUAGACAACGGCCUGGCGAUUGCGCAGACCUUCACCCACGAGAACAGAAUCCGGCAGGCAGCGUCAAGCUGUGGUGCUGCGCGGUACUGCAUUGAUCGGAGUGUCGAACAUGCAAACCGUAGGAAGGUCUUCGGGAAGCCUUUAUCAGCCAACCAAGCUAUUCAAUGGCCUCUCGUGGAACUAUCAACGCAAGCGGAGAUGCUCAGACUUCUCAUCCUGCGCACGGCAGUGGAGAUGGACCAAGUCAGCGCCGAGGCCACUGCGGCAGGGAAGGCGCCUUGGGUGGCCAUUGAAAAACAGCUUGGUCACAAGAUUGCGAUGUGCAACUACGUUGCGAAUCGUUUGGCGUGCGAUUCGGCUGACCGAGCCAUUCAGAUUCAUGGCGGCGAUGGAUAUUCACGACAUCUGCCUUUCGAGCAUAUCUGGAGGCAUUUCAGACGAUACCGGAUCACUGAAGGAAGCGAAGAAGUUCAAAUGCGGAAAGUGGCAGCUUAUUUGUUCGGAUAUAAGACAGCAAAUAGGGAUGACGCGAGUACGGGUGGGCCGAAGCUGUGA